AUGUCCUCUUCCCACCUCAACGUCAACACCAUCUCUGCUCACCGCGCAUCCUUCUCCUCAGAGCGCUCCAACAACUCCAGCAUACACAGCAAGCUAGCAGCACAAAUGACCAGCGGCAGCCAGAACCCCCAUUGCGCCGCUCGAUGGGCAUCAUGGCAGCAAGCACAGAUCGACGCCUUCCACACAACCACUGCCCGGGUCCACGAAGCACGAGCCGCCACUCCCAACGAGUCCAACAACCAUGACGACGAUGUCAUCAAGGAGAACAGCGACGACCUCGCCGUGAGGCGACAUCAUCCCCAUCUCCAUCGCGUUGCUGCUUGGGGGAGAAGGGUUCGAGGAUGA